AUGCCGGACGUCGAAGAUAACCAGGAGCAAGCAACGAGCCGUAUGAGCUCGUUGCGGGAUCACUUUGACGCAGAACUUACCGAAUCAUGGGCCGACUCGGUCCUUAUUGUCAGCAGCUUCAUCACCGGUCUCUUGGACUCGGCGGUAUUCAAUGUGUGGUCUUGCUUCGUGUCGAUGCAGACAGGUAACACGCUAUACCUCGGUCUUGGUGUCUCUGGUCAACCCAAAUCAUCACCAUGGCGCUGGGCAAAGUCAGGAAUGUCCAUCAUCUCCUUCGUGAUGGGCGCUUUCAUCUUCAGCCGAUUCAUGAGAUACCUUGGACCUCUGCGACGAAGCACUAUGGUAUACUCUUGGUUGGUCCAGGCUGUGUUGAUAUUCGUUUGCGCCGCUCUUGAAGAUACUGGUGUGGUUCCGAACAAUGCAGGCGACGUCUUGCCCGACAGCUUCAUCGUUCUUCUGCCUCUAGGACUAUUGUCGGUCCAAUCAGCCGGACAGAUGGCCAUGUCAAGAAUCCUUGGUUACGGAGAAGUAACCAGUGUUGUCCUGACGAGCUCUUACUUUGACUUUGCUUUUGACGACAAAGUCUUUGAUGGACCGACCAGAAAUGUCAAGCGCAACCGCCGAGUGGGAGGCAUGCUCAUGGUGGUACUAGGUGCAAUUGCCGGCGGUUUUCUGACCCAGGACGAAGACAUUUCCAAAGUCUUGUGGUUCGCCGGAUCGCUCAAAGUGGCAAUCGCAGUCUUAUGGGUCUUCUGGAAGUCGAAGGGAUCCGUCAGGUUGGAUUAG